GAUUGCUGUAAAACAAUCAAAACGCGUGUGGGAUCGAUACUGUGAAUGAACACGCUGGAAACACACCCUGUGUACGUGAAUGGUGGGCGGCACCUUGACGGAAACUGCGCGCAUGCCCCUUGCUCUGUUGCAGUACUCUCCCUUCUCAGUAUCAAGACGGCCGGCGCCGAAUGACACUCUCGUCUACGAAGGCGUGGACUUCUCGCUCAUCUUCAACCUGGCCAGUGCUUUCAACAUGAGCCUGGUCCCCGUACGAGACCCGGAAGCCACCUGGGGAGCGAAGAGGCACGGACGCUGGACCGGGAUAGCAGGAAUGGUGUCCAGAAGAAGCGCGAAGGCAGGCAUCAUGCGCGACAUCGGACGCCAGAUGCUGGAGCAUCCCCAGCGCACCCUGGUGGUGACAGAACGAGAGGGUUACCGCCGGUGCCUGCGCUCCCGCUACGCCUACAUGUUCCCGGAGACCGUGCUCAAGGUGGAGGAGGCCCGUACGGACGGUCGCCUGCUGGUCUCCCGUGACGCCUUCUACCACGCCAUGGCCGUGUACACUUUUCCCAAGGGGUCGCCACAUGUGGCCACCUUCAGCUACGGGAUGAAGAAUUUUAUGUUCAUGGGCCUCGUCGAGAAGUGGCUGAACGACUUCUUGUGGCAGCUCCGCAUGAACACUAAGCGUGCUGAAACCGGGGAAAACGCAGAGCGACCCAUCAAUGUCGUUGAUCUACAGGGAGCAUUCUUCGUUCUCAUCAUGGGAUACGCCAGCGGACUGCUUGCGCUGCUUAUUGAGUCAUGCUGCGUGUUUCUUGCCAGGCUAUCCGCAACGACCAUCAGACCGCGUCGUUCGCGAAAUCGCUCGAAGAUCACGGGCUAAGGAAUCUAUGAGCCAUUGAGAGAUAACGUUACGCUUCUUUUCCUGCAUGCUACUACAUGUUAGCGACGUACGCGCAGCUAGUUGCACAACUGCACUUUUCUAACCGCGUGCCGUACGUAUAGGCUAGAGUGUUCGGUGGAAUCGCACGCACAUCGGCAUUAAUUUAGCGUUCACGUACGUGUGUUCUUGGCGAGGUGAGGCGAGAGAGCAACACCCUCCGUUGUGAGCACAAUCAAGGCAACAACCGGUUAUUUACCAGCUGGCACAGACAGCGGUAUAUCACAGAUAAAAGACUGUUUAUCUCUAUGAGCUAUCUGUCUCUCUUCCACCUCGGCGAGAUGAUCUCGCCAUCGUUAAACUUUUCUUUUUGUACGCACAAACUG